UCGCUGCCUGCAUACCGCCGUUCCACCAGUUUAAGCAAAUGGCGUCGUAGAGGUGGAUAUCGUUGCGUCAAAUUUCACAAAUCAUGAAUGAAUUCUAAGUGCCGUCGCGUAUUUUGCAUGAAUUGAGGGUAUCGCCAGUUCUGUAUUUUACAAUAAAGUAUAUAUCAAAACAUGAACGAAGUAAGUGGAGGAAAACAAGAUGUACCCAAUACUUCAAAUUGGGAAGCUUUGUCAGGGCAGUCAGUGCCAGCUAUGCAUCAUCACCAUCCGACGUUACAGCAGGAUACAGGUCCAACAGUAGCACAAGUUAUAGUUCCUACACCUGUUAAGCUCCAAACACCGAUAUUGACACCUGCGCAAACUGUAGCUGAUCACUGUCCGCAACUUGGUCACAUACAACAACCACCCCUUAUAACUCAGGGUACACCACCAGGAAGCUUUCCAGAACUUGAGUUAUCUCUAGAACUUCAACAACAAGGUUGGAAAAAGUUUUGGAGUAAACGGGAGAAUCGACCGUAUUUUUGGAAUAAAUUGACUGGAGAAUCAUUGUGGGUAGUACCCUCUCUGAAACCUCAGUUUGAUCCAAUCACGGAUCCGCUCGGCAUUUGUGGUGUCCCUCCGCCUGGAAAUGGGACCAUUCCACCUGCUACACCAGGUGGUACGUUAAAACGAAGAGCAUCGGAAGAUGGAGCUGUUCCACCUGCAAAGAAAUUUGUAUUGGCAGGCCCGUGGGACUUGGAGAUACCUACAAAUGUUAUAAUAUAUGAACGAGCACCGUCAAAUUUGACACACGUUCAUCCUGAGGCAGAAGCUCUGCGUUGUGCUUUACUGGCAAAGCUGCGGCAAUGUUAUCAGGAAUUAUGUCAUACUCGCGAAUCGAUAGACGCGCCAAAAGAUUCUUUCAACAGGUGGUUAAUGGAACGAAAAGUCAUAGAUUGCGGCUCAGAUCCAUUACUACCGAGUCAAUGCUUCCCUGAGAUUUCGAUGUCCAUGUAUCGCGAGAUCAUGAACGAUAUUCCCAUUAAAUUAGUAAGGCCAAAGUUCACGGGAGAUGCGAGAAAACAAUUGUCGCGCUAUGCCGAAGCCGCGAAAAAGAUGGUGGAAUCGAGGGCAGCAUCGCCGGAGAGUCGAAAGGUCGUCAAAUGGAACGCGGAGGAUACUUUUCAAUGGUUGAGAAGAACGGUGGGUGCCACAUUCGACGAUUUCCAAGAUAGACUCGCCCAUCUGAAGCGACAAUGUCAACCGCACCUCACGGCGACUGUUAAAGCCAGUGUUGAAGGCAUAUGCCUGAAAAUUUAUCAUCUAUCAACAGAAUAUGCGAGAAAGGUGAAGGACAAAAACAACCAGAUUCUCAAAGACAACGGUUUAGGAGAUGUCAUACCGUUAGGAGGUCCUGCGAGUACGCAAAGAAAAGUUUGGUGUUAUCCUGUGCAAUUUUCCCUUCCCACACCGAGACUUCCACAGGUGGAUUACCUUCCGGAGCGUGAGCAAACAAUGUUACGUUUCCACGGUGAUACCAUGUAUAUUAAUAAUAUGCACCUUACCAAACUGGAACAUUUGUAUAGGUAUAACUGUUUCGAUGACAAAAAGUUCGAAAUGUUUCUGCCACGCGUUUGGUGCAUGCUAAAACGCUAUCAGACAUACUUUGGAAUCAACGAAGGUCAAGCGACUCAGAUGGCUCUUCCGGUGACGGUUUUCGAAUGCCUUCAGAGAUCGUUCGGCGUCACGUUCGAAUGUUUUGCUUCUCCUCUAAAUUGUUACUUUCGUCAAUAUUGUUCAGCGUUCGCCGACACGGAUUCAUAUUUUGGAUCAAGGGGACCGUUCUUGGACUUCAGACCGGUUAGUGGAUCGUUUCAAGCGAAUCCACCCUAUUGUGAGGAACUUAUGGAAGCUAUGGUCAAUCAUUUUGAGCGGCUUUUGGCUGAUUCGGCGGAGCCCUUGUCAUUUGUAGUAUUUUUACCAGAAUGGCGUGAUCCGGCUCCUAACGCGCUUAUAAAACUCGAGGGCAGUCACUUUAAGCGCAAACAAGUGGUAGUGCCUGCCAUGGAACACGAAUAUAGACACGGAUUUCAACAUGUUCUUCCAAAAGGUGAAGUAAAUAUCCGAGCAGUACAUGGCACGCUAGUUGUAUGGUUACAAAAUCCGGCCGGUGCCUCGCGAUGGGGACCCACGGAAGAGCGAGUCGAGGCUUUAUUGGAAGCGUGGCGACCCGGUCGAGAACGGGAAAGGGAUAGGCAAGAGCUUCUUUCCCCACCGAGACAAACGCAUCAACCGAUAUCUUCAACACCAGUACCUGUACCGACAACACCAGCUACACCGACGGUGCCAUCCGUACAGACAUUACCCAGUCAUCCUAUAUAAUUGAGUGAUAUAGUAUAUAGUUGAAUGAUCUUUUUGUGAAAGGGGGAGAACAUAUAAAUAGUUUCCCAUAUUUGGAGAUAAAUAUAAUUUAUCUCUUGUAAUAUAAGUAACUUCUUUGUUAAGAAAAUUUAUUUUGUAUUUUAGCAAAUAUAUAAUUCAGAAAAUGAUGAAAUGUAAACAAGUGAGAAAAAUGUUAGAUAAUUAAUACAAAGAAAUUAAACAAUUGUAACAUAUAGAAAUGAUUUUAAAUGUUACUUUGUAAUCAGUAAUACUUUCAUGUUGAACUCCCUUGACAGCAUGAAUGUCAAUUAUAUUUGAAAACAAUUUUGCAGAAAUUGGUCAUUGACAAUAGAUUAAUGAUUAUUUGGCUUUAUACAUCGCGGCAACAGCUAAAAUUCUGUUUAUUUUUGAUGAAUGAAUUGUAAAAUUAAUAUAAGGAAUACAAUAUUGACAAAAACUCAAGGGCAAAUCACUUUAGUAGAUAUGUAUCUAAUGCAUAUAAAAAGAGUUUACCUAUAAAGAAAAAACAAGCGCACAUUGCAGAAAGUCUAAACUUUGCAAUAGUGGUUAAUUGUUGUUGAUUAAUGUGUUGGACUUUAUGACAUGUGAUGCUUUAAAUAGGUAUACUUGCUAUGCAAGAUAAAAAUUGAUACUAUUGUAAAUUUUAGAAAAUUAAGUUUACAGAAUAACAAAUGUACAGAUAUACGUUGUAUGUAUGGACGUGUGCGGAUAUGAGUGGUAAGAUGUACGUAUUGCCUAUAACUCUGCUUAUUUGUGUGACCGAAGAAAAAGAAUUUUUAUCAAAGAACUGCGAUAAAAUUGUUCAUCAUAUUUUUAACCAUGACAAUCUUUUUCUUUAGUAUCAGAGAGCAUAUGUGGCAAAGUAGAGCUAUAACUAUGCAUUUCGUUUUAGAUAAUUCUUUAUCGGUGCAAUAUUUUGUAUCUGUUUAUAAGUAAUUGA